GCUAAGGGGCGGGGUGGGCUAUGCGCCGGAAGUGGCUCGCUGAUAGUAAAUAAGGCCUGAGAGGGUGGAGAGAUACUGUCUCCAUUUUGUCGCCCUCCUCUGCUCCUGCGACGUUGCGGAGAUGGGGAACGUCUUGGGACUGUGCUCCAUGGCGAGCUGGAUACCGUGUUUAUGUGGCAGUGCCCCUUGUUUGCUGUGUCGAUGCUGUCCUAGUGGAAACAACUCUACUGUAACUAGAUUGAUCUAUGCACUUUUCUUGCUUGUUGGAGUGUGUGUAGCUUGUGUAAUGUUGAUACCAGGAAUGGAAGAACAACUGAACAAGAUUCCUGGAUUUUGUGAAAACGAGAAAGGCAUUGUUCCUUGUAAUAUUCUGGUUGGCUAUAAAGCUGUGUACCGUCUGUGCUUUGGUUUGGCUAUGUUCUAUCUUCUCCUCUCUCUGCUAAUGAUCAAAGUGAAGAGCAGCAGUGAUCCUAGAGCUGCAGUGCAUAAUGGAUUUUGGUUCUUUAAAUUUGCCGCAGCAAUUGCAAUUAUUAUUGGGGCUUUCUUCAUUCCAGAAGGAACUUUUACAACUGUGUGGUUUUAUGUAGGCAUGGCAGGUGCUUUUUGCUUCAUCCUCAUACAGCUAGUCUUACUUAUUGAUUUUGCCCAUUCGUGGAAUGAAUCAUGGGUUGAAAAAAUGGAAGAAGGGAACUCAAGAUGUUGGUAUGCAGCAUUGUUAUCAGCUACAGCUCUGAAUUAUCUGCUGUCUUUAGUUGCUAUCGUCCUAUUCUUUGUUUACUAUACUCAUCCAGCCAGUUGUUCAGAAAAUAAAGCAUUCAUCAGUGUCAACAUGCUCCUCUGCCUUGGUGCUUCUGUAAUGUCUAUACUGCCCAAAAUCCAAGAAUCACAACCAAGAUCUGGUUUGUUACAGUCUUCAGUAAUUACAGUCUACACGAUGUAUUUGACAUGGUCUGCUAUGACCAAUGAACCAGAAACAAACUGCAACCCAAGUCUACUAAGCAUAAUUGGGUACAAUACAACAAGCACUAUUCCAAAGGAAGGGCAGUCUGUCCAGUGGUGGCAUGCUCAAGGAAUUAUAGGACUAAUCCUCUUUUUAUUGUGUGUAUUUUAUUCAAGCAUCCGCACUUCGAACAAUAGUCAGGUUAAUAAAUUGACUCUAACAAGUGAUGAAUCAACAUUAAUAGAAGAUGGUGGAGCCAGAAGUGAUGGAUCACUGGAGGAUGGAGAUGAUGUUCACCGAGCUGUAGAUAAUGAAAGGGAUGGUGUUACUUACAGUUAUUCCUUCUUUCACUUCAUGCUUUUCUUGGCUUCACUCUAUAUCAUGAUGACCCUUACCAACUGGUACAGGUAUGAGCCUUCUCGUGAGAUGAAAAGUCAGUGGACAGCAGUCUGGGUGAAAAUCUCUUCUAGUUGGAUCGGCAUUGUGUUGUAUGUUUGGACACUAGUGGCACCACUUGUUCUUACAAAUCGUGAUUUUGACUGAACAGGACUUAUGGCAUGAAAGUCCCACUUGGAUCAUUGCUUGUUUGAGAUUAACAGUAUUCCCAACUUUUGUAAAGUUGUGUAUGUGUGUGCUUCCCAUGUAACUUCUCCAGUGUUCUGGCAUGAAUUAGAUUUUAUCGCUUGCCAUUUUAUUCAUUAUAUUCUUGCCAUGUGCAUUGAUAUAUGUGUUAGAAUGAAUCACAAAGGGAGAGAUUUAGGAAUCUGUUGGUGAGUUAGGAAAAGUGGACAUUGUUAGGUUUAUCCUUAGUUCUAUGCCUGUGAAGUUAAGAGUAAAAAUAAAACUGCUUGACAGUUUGAUUUUUAAAUUCUGCUAUCUAAGCUGUUUUAGAAAGUGUAAAAGGAAAUGUAUGGCUGCCUUUUGACAUGUUUGCUGCCUUGCCCUACAAGAGACUGCAAAGAACGUGGCUAUUGUAAAAUUGUGUAAGCAAGUCACUUAAAUGCCAGUUGUCUGAAUAAUCUUUUCAGGUUUUCCCUGUAGAUUAUGAUGGAGAUUGAGACACAGGAGCCUUCAGAGAAAGAUUGGUAGUGGUGGGUUACUAAAUUGAAUGCCCAAAUAGGCUGUAAUCUUCCCUGUGUAGGGAUAGCCUUUCAUACAAACAUAGUGAACUUCGUUUUGGUUAUUAUGAACAUAUGCAGAAGUAUAGGUUCAUUGGAGAUGUUAGAACUCUGAAGGAUUUAGACAAAGCUUUUGAAAAUGAUAAUCAUGGGUUAGAAGGCAGUUGUUGAAAAUGACUGAACAUCCAUUUUUAAAAUCGAAAGUGGUAAACUUUUGAUAGGACAGGAAGAAACUGCAAUAUACUAGGCUUGAGGAGACACUUAGAUAAAAUCUCAUCCAAACCUUCAUUUUAUAAGUAAGAAGAAACUGAAGCUCAGAUUUCUAAUCUGUGGCCAAGCUGGGAAAUCCCAGGUUUCCCAAAAAUAGCUGGCAUUUUUUGGCAUUUAAAAAUAACUUCUAUUCAAAUACAUGCAUAAUAGAUUUUAUACCUCAUUAGUGGUGGAUAAUUUAUAUUUGCUGGUGUCCAGCUUGCCUUCUACCCAUAAACUGAGGCCAGAAUGAUAGAAUGCUAUAGAAUAUAAACUGCUUACAGUACAUUUUACAGCUCAGAAGAUAUUUAAAAUGCUUUUGUAUUUGCUGCCAUCUAAUUAAAAUAUAUAGUUUAUGAUAAUCUUUCAACCUGAAAAAUCAAGCAGUAUGACAGUUAACUUAGAAACUUAGUUACUUGUACACAUCAUUAGUGUCUUAAUGAAUCUUAAAAUCUACAUUUGCUUCUUUUAAGGUAUUUAUUAAUGUAAAUGAAAUAUAUAACAAUUCAACUUAAUUCCCCAACUUUACUCUGGGUGUUGAUAUUGUGUUCCAUCAUUUUGAAUGGCUGUGUUCUGUCUCUAAAUAAAUGAAUUCAAGACAAA